AUAGUACAAUAUUUACGAGAGAUACUACUUUAUUUUGUUGCAUUAUGGCUCAAUGUCCUGCUGGCUUAUAUUCAAGGCUUGAUCAAGCUGUUGAACCAGAGGGUGGAACAGCAAGCCCUCAACAGAGUCAGGUUACUUUGCCACCCCAGCAGGCAACGAAUACGUCAACCCCUCAGACGCAUCUGAGAGAAAAAUACAAACUUGUUUUGUAUCGAUUUGGAGUUACUGAAAUUGUUCUUGGCGUUUUAUCUGUCGUUUUGUGCAUCGUGACGUUGAUCAUCGCAAGCACAAAGAAGACUUAUGUCUAUCAUAGUACUUGGAAUAACAGAACGUACGAUUACAGAAUUCGUUAUAGCGUUACGUAUGCUUCUCACGGAAUAUGGUGCGGCGGUGUUGUAAUUGCAUCUGGAAUUCUUGGAUUCAAAGCUAGAGGAAAACCUUCCGUUUGUUUUUAUAAUGCGAAUAUGGCGGUCAGUAUUGUAGCUUCUUGCUUCACGGCUACACUUUGUAUAAUGUCUGCGAUAUGUGCUGGAGACACUUACCCACGUAAAGGGAACGGUGGAAUCAUUGCCAUUCAUUCUAUUAUGGCUGUCAUUGGAUUUGCUGGGAUGAAUAUCUGUAUCAUUCAUUCAGCAUAUUGUUGCGCUGGUGUCUGUUGCCGCAAAAAACCUCAAGGCGUGGUUGUAUACGCAGCUCACCCUGCUUAUCCACAACAACAAAUGGUUCAGCUCGCAAACGGCCAAUUCAUUAUGAUACCUGCUCAAGGAUAUGUGCCAGGAACUUCAUAUUACCCCGGUGCACAAAUGCCUCCUCAACCAGGAGUGGCCGUUCCUCCGUACCCGCAGACACCAAACUCUCAAAUGACAAAAGAACAAGAAGCUCAAGCGAACCAGAACCCGCCAGAAUAUACAGCUCAUGCAUCACAUAAUCCUUCUGUAUACUGCAAGAAACUGGCAACCAUCAUCUCUCUCGCACGAAUCAGUAGUUGCUCACAGCCUGCCCAUCAAUACUGCAGCUGUUUCGAGUCGCAUACCAUUCACUAUCUGCAGACUUCUUUGUCACGAGGAAACUUUAAUUUACUUAGAAUUUCGGUCAACGUCUUGGGAUUUACAAGCAACAGUUACACCAAGCAAUUUGAAACUCCAGCGCAGAAUUCUGUAAUGCCAACUGCAAAUGUUCAACCACAACAACAAGCUCCAGUUAUGUUGGCACAAACUCAACCACAAGGGGCAGCAAUGGGUCAACUCAAACCACGGAAAAAAUACAAAAAUGUUCUGUUUUAUCUUGGAAGCGUGGAGAUCAUUUUAGCGGUACUCUGCGCCAUUUUUUGUGUUGUGACCCUUAUUCUGGGAGCGAUAAAUUCCUCCUAUAUUGGCCGUGACUUUUGGAAUGAUCGAAUCGGUGAAUAUAGAAUCACAUACGGCACCAAUACGGUGGCACAGGGAAUAUGGUGUGGCGCUGUUCUCUUAGUAUCUGGCAUCCUGGGAUUAAAAACUAAGCACCAUACAUCACCGUGCAUGUACCGGGCUAAUAUGACUUUCAGUAUUUUGGCAGCAAUUUUUAUGUUGUUUCUAAUCGUUUUGUCAAUUGUGAGUAUCUUCACGGUUUAUCCUCGGUCAUAUAAUUACAUAGUUAUGCCUUUCCAUAUUAUCCUUGCCAUCCUUGGAUUUAUAGGCAUGAUAAUCUGUAUUACCCAUGCAGCGUUUUGCUGUGCUGGAAUUUGUUGUCGAAAUAAGCCCCGUCAAAUUAAUGCAACUUACGCAGCACAACAAGGUCAAAUGGUGCAACUCGCAAAUGGUCAGUAUGUAAUGAUGCCACAAGGUUGCCAACCUUCAGGAGCUAUGUGUUAUGAACCUACGACUGUGUCUGCCCAGGCUGGGGGAGCCCCCACAAUGCAGUAUGCACCACCCCCCAUGCCCACCCAGACUGGAGCUCUUCCCCAAGGGCAGUACGCACACGCUCCCAUGGCUGCUCAAAGCUCUGUAGUAUUUCCCACCGGACAAUCAUCUCAGCAAGCUGUAGCUCCUUAUCCCACAAUGCCUACACAACCAUCAAUAACCAAAGAUCAAGAAGACCAGAUGAGCUCAAAUCCUCCAGAAUAUACUGAGAAGUAAUUUUCAAAAAUGUUCAAAGUUUUUUUCAAAAAAUAUUCUGAACUGGGAACAUCUAUAUAGUAAUGCAUGCAUAACUGUAAGAAGCAAUCCAUAUACCGUAUAUCCUCGGAAAAAAGGGGAUCUGGAAUAUACCUGAAAAAUCAUAUCUUUUGCUACCAAUACUGCGUUAUCGUCACAUUUGGCAUAAUAAUACUGUUUACUAUGUCCGAAUAUAUCUAAAAUUUUAAUUUUGCUGGCAAUAAAUUCUGAUUUCAAUCAAUAGUACAUUAUCACCAUAUCUGCCAUAUGUUAUUGUUUCCCAUGGUGCGACAAUAAUAUAUAUAAUUACGGUAAUAUUAAUUUCGAAAACUUAAAAUCUAAUUGGUUUUAUUAAAUCACGAAAACAGUAUUUUAUACAAAUCUUACUUUUGAUGCAAAUAGUACAUUAUUCCCAUACUUGCCAUGAGAUUAGCUUUUUACAUUUUUUUUAAAAUUUCAAUCAGCAA